AUGUCGCCUAUUGCUCCCGGUCAGCUCCCGGCCGAGCUUGUCAACCUUCUCGCACUACACUCAUCAUUCCUAACGGCGCUGUCGCUGCAUUAUGCCCACAAUGGCACUUCGACACCUGCCGAUCUUCGAGACUUGAUUGCAUCGACCACUUUAGUCUGGCGGCAACGCAAGGUCACGUACGAUGACAUUCGACUCCUCCUUGGUAUUCUCGAUCACGGUCCCUCCGGCACCAACAACCCUUACUACCUAUCCGACUACGGCCGCGGCAAAAUCUGCAUUGAAAUCAAGGACAACAGUCCCAUGAUGAAUGGCAUGACACAUGUGAAUGAACAAGGGCUGCAAGAAAUGUUCAAGGAAGGAUUAGACACGUUGUGGUCGCAAUGGUGCACGUCGCAGAUGAUGAUGGCCCGGCCAAUUGCGGUGCCCAAGCGCGGACGCGGACGCCCGAAGAAGGUCGACAUCAAGCAAGCAUGCAUGGACACAUUCCUCGAUGACACCUCCGUGUCCAAGUUCCUUAGCCAGCUUCCUCUCGCCCAAGUCACCACAUGCGAGUCGCUCACCGCGCUUGCACCAGCACAAGAGAAGGGACGCAAGAGGUUGCGGGAGUUCAAGGAGAGCGUACAGCAAGGUCGUGCGCUAAAGAAGACAAGGUCCACCAUCGGAAAGGAGAACGAGACUUCCUUGGGACAGAACCAGCAAGCCCAACCCGCUCAGCCCAAGAUUACUGAUUUUGCUGCCGUUCGCAAAACCAACCUCCUCGACCGUAUUCUUGCCAAGCAGGAGGCUGCAAAGGCUGGCCCCGCAGCACCAACACCCGCUGAACUUCAGAGAAAAGCAGCACUCCAGCGCACUCCAGAAGUCAUUGGUGUGCUCUCUCUACUCUGCGCGAACAGACCCGGAUCGCGCGUUUCGUUCUCGACAACCACCCUUUUGCAGGCGAUACAGGGCUCUAUUCGAUCUCCAAUCUCAAAGGAAGAGGCGAUGAAGUGUGUGGAAGUUUUAGCAAGCGAAGUUGCCCCAGGAUACGUGUCGGUCGUCAGUAUGGGCAGUAUCUCUAGUGUCGUCAUCAACCAGAUGAUGAGGCCCACGGAUAUCAAGAGCAGGCUUAUUGCGCUGGGCGCUUGA